AUGGACUCUUUAUUCAUGGGGCACAUCAACGGAUUUCCUCGCAAUAUGACCAUCGAUACGGGAGGCAAUGUUACCACCAUUCGCAAAGAUUUUGCUGAACAGGUUAAAGAUGAACUCAUUUGGACGACAUCCUGUGUUACCCUCCAGAUUGCAUCUGGUGAUAAAAUCGAAACUGAUGGAAAGAUAAAUUCAGAGGGUAUGAUAGAGAGGUUUAAUCGAACUGUCCUUAAUAACUUCUCGUUGGUGGCUUCCACAAACCAAAAGGGCUGGGACAAGAAAUUGCCACUUUUCUUACUGGCCUAUCGCAGUGCCGUCCUCGAGACUACGGGUUAUUCCUUAUCACAGAUGAUCUUCAGUCGGGAACGUUGUCUGUCUUGUGAUCCCUUAUUUGGUCGCCCUCCAGAUGCGCCUUCACCGCCUGAAGAGUACAUCCAAGAUCUCCAGUUGUAUGUCUGGCUUCCUGUCCUGGGAUUGUACUGCCCGGGACGUGCAGUCCUCGGAAAGGAGGCAAUGUUACGAAUUUUGUACGUAGAUGAUUUUAGUUCAAGCAUUUGGGAAAUUUUUGUAUCUCUCUCCGUAAUGUCAGAUAAAAAACCUGAAGAAAUUAGCUGUGCCGGAAAAAUAAAUGCUAUCCGAUCAAAGAAGCUAACUUCUUUGUCGUUCACCGCAACAGAUGACGCGCCAUUUUGUCCCGCUACAUUCGACGGCUGGGGAUGUUGGGAUGCAACUGCUGCUGGCCAGAUUGCCGAAAUCCCAUGUCCAACAGAAGGGAAUUCUUCUAGAAGAGUGAGGAAAAGAUGUUCGGAAAACGGCGCAUGGGAAAUAAACGAGAGCACGAGGGAAGAAAAAGUGGAUUACCGGGAGUGCAAUAUCAACGUCUCGUCAAGUGAUCCUGAUCUUUUGUUUCAAGUCAUUCAGGAGCUUACUACUCUUGAAAAGACUCCUUAUUCUGAUCCUCAAACAGCAGAAGCAUUUGAAAAUUGUUUGGAAACUGUUCUAGCAGCCCCCAAAAUCGAUAGCAGCAAUAGUGAGUUAUUCUGUCCGAGAACAUUUGAUGGCUGGGGUUGUUGGAACGAUACCCCUGCAGGAAAAACUGCUUACAUUCCAUGUCCAAGUUUCAUAACUGGGUUCCUUCCAGAAAGAUCAGCGCACAAAGAGUGUAAUCCUGAUGGGAGCUGGUAUAGGCAUCCUGAUACUAAUCGUACGUGGUCUAACUACACCACCUGCGUCGACAAAGAUGAUUUAACGUUUCGUCAAAGAAUUGUGAACAUUUAUAUAUCAGGCUACUCUACCUCAGUCAUCGCUCUCUUGAUAUCUUUGGGUAUUUUCUUUUACUUCCGGACCGUUCAGUGCACUAGGAUUACAAUACAUAAGCACCUUUUUGUGUCUUUCAUCAUCAACAAUAUAAUGUGGAUAAUCUGGUAUACGGAGGUGGUCCAAAAACCUUCCGUUUUGAUCAAUAAUGAACUUCCCUGUCAAAUUCUUCAUGUACUUGUUCAUUACUUUCUGGUGUCGAAUUAUCUCUGGAUGUUUUGUGAAGGUCUGUAUCUGCAUACACUACUCAUCGUAGCCUUUGUUGCUGACGACAAACUUCUGAAAUGGUUUUAUCUUAUUGGCUGGGGUACGCCUCUCGUUAUCAUUAUCGUAUACGCCAGCGUCAGAAACAGCUUUCCUGAAGAUACCAUGUUCUGUUGGAUAGAAGAAAGCAAUUACUCGUGGAUUAUAUCUGGACCUGUUUGUAUUUCAAUGCUGCUGAAUUUCGUGUUUCUGGUUAACAUUGUAAGAGUUUUGGUGACAAAAUUAAGAGCUGUCAACUCGCCAGAUACCCAUCAAACUAGGAAAGCUGUGCGUGCAACCCUCAUUUUGAUCCCUCUUCUUGGACUUCACUAUGUUGUGACACCUUUUCGUCCCGUUCCUCGAUCCCCUGGAGAAGCCAUCUACGAGACUAUCUCGGCCAUCGUUACUUCAUUCCAAGGUCUGAGUGUUGCACUUCUCUUUUGCUUCUUCAAUGGAGAGGUUAUUGCUCUCAUUCGCAAAAAGUGGAACCAGGCUCUCCUGAUGAGAGGGAGAAGGAUGUCUUACGCAGCUACAACCGUAUCUGGAACGGAAAGAACUUCAACCAAUGGUAAAUCUGUCCCAGCGGCCAAAAGUCUUUUGGCGCUUGUCUGAUGUGACUGCUGUACCCUAUUUUCCCAGUUAUGAGAGAUGACGACAGAAAUGUAGUCUCCAUGAGACGAAAGUAAACAUUUACCGAAGACUUUUCAUUACCACCCAUCCUUUCUUCAUACUUUAUGUGCAAAAAUGUAUUUAUUGAAGUAUUAUCGCUUUCAGAUGAAUGAUAAUAUUCCUUGCGAUGAAAUGCCAUUCUCUGUGCAAUUAAUGUGUUCACAAAUGACUUUUGAACAUUUACAAUGAAGUUCUCAGUUGUUCAGAAAUACUUUGACAAACCAAAUGUAUUAUACGGAAAUAGAAUAUUAUGACGUUUCCUGAACCUAUUUUCAUUCAAAGCAUAUAUAUUUAAACUGUGCUGUUUAUUUCAAAUUAACUGAAAUUACCAAGAUGUACACUAGUACUGCUGAGUAUUCUUAUGACCAUCCUUUGAGUAUAAACAUUCUGAUUAUAUUCCUGAAAUGUACUUCCUAGUGUGCUGCAUACUUCUGAAAACGUCAGAAUUUGAAUAAUUUCUUCGAUAAUUGUAUGAGUGUUUAUAAUCGUAAUGUGUUAUAAGGUUAUAAGUAAGUAGAUGUGGAAUACCUUACCAAGUUUCAUAACAAGAAGAAUAUCAUGUCUAUUUAUUGACGAAUGCUUUUCUGUUCUGAUUAUGUUCUUUUUUUCCUCUGAAAUUAUGCCAAGCCUCAUAAUUGCAGUUGAAGAUACAUAGUAUCGUGACGACGUGUUAUCGUGGUACAUGAAAUUGAAACAUGAUGAACCGUGUGUUUAAUAUGGAAGGUUUCCAGAUUUCGUAUAUAUACUGCGAUGAACAUUCUCAAAAGAGCUUAUCCAUAACGAAUGGAUGGGAUCUUUAGAAUUAAUCAUUUUAACUCGUCCAUUUUAAAGGAUUUCAUAUUACUUGAUCUCUUUGUGGUUAUAAACUUUAUAAAGAAUUAAUUCAAGAGACUAAUUUAUUUUAGCUUUCAAAAGAGUUAUUUAAAAAUAAGACUGUCAAUCCUUUGGGAAGAAAUAAAGUACUUUUCACCCCACAUCCAUGUAAAUCAGGAAACAUCCAGGAAGUACUACCACUUUUUAUUACUAUCAAGAUUAUUUGACAGUUUUGUUUCACUAGAAUUUGUGUAUCUAGAAUAACUAACUUUUAUUUUCCUUUGCUUUGUUUAACUGUGAUGGCUUACCAAAAGAAAAAUAAUUUAUUAUACAUUUAUUAAUAAAUACAAAUUUCUUUUCUUUUGCUAGACAUUUUAAUAGUAUAAAACACAUUAAAUACAAGAACUAUUGUUAUUUUUGAAAUUUUGAAAGGGAUGAUUUUGUAAGUUAAAAAUAUGUUUUAUUUAUGAAUACGUUUUAUUUUUGAAUAAAUUUUAUUUAUGAAUUCAGUAGAAUUUUAAAACGCUGUUGUUUCCUGAUUUUUUCUAGUUUUGUUCAAUAAAAGUAUCAAUUCAUUUAUGUCAUAUUAUUUGAAAUCCAAAAAUAAAAGAAUGCGUCCAUUUAUCAUUCUAAAUAGUUUAGGCUUUUACUCGAACUGUAAUGUAUGUUAUGAACUACUUUAUUUCUUCCUAUAUUCACCAUUUGUUAUAUUUUUUUUUGUCACCUGAUUUAGCAUAAAUCAUGCAAGAAAAACCGAAGUUGUGAACAAUAGAUAAAUAUUGACUUGAUGAUUCAUUAACUGAAUCAUGAAAGUUUUCAUGAACUUUUUAACUGUAUUUAUCUUUCUUCAUCAUACUCAUUGUAUUAUUCCAUAAGUAUUAUAUGCUGUAUAUUUUCUCAGAUGUUGUAUAUAAGUUGAAAUGAUGUUUAAGAUGUUUUUCUGUAGUUUCAAAAUACAUAAACUGUGUUUGAUGUAUAUUUUCUGUAGUUUAAAAAUAUUAAUUUACUGUAUGUAUCUUUCUAGAGUUCAAAAUGUAAAAGUAUUAAGAAACUGUAUUUUCUGUAGUUUAAAACAAAACUGGUGUAUUUAUAUUUGCUGUAUUGAACCAAUUAUUAAAAUACUGAGAAAUGUUA